AUGAGUCCCACCGUACUUGGUAAGCAUGAGAUUGGGCACAGCUCCGGCAACUCGGUGCAAAGCAGUCAGCAGUCUCACCCCAACGCGCAGAGUCCAGCCGAUGACCACUUUCCUGUUUCAGCUCAAGCCGAGCAGCUUCGGGUUCUGGGGGCUUCGAAAGAAGACCGACCAACAGAACCGGAGGAACUCGACUUGCCGGGAUGGGCGAGCAGAGCACUCUGCUCGCCGGACCCUAGCAUGCUAGAAAGCCGUCGGCGUGGAGUGCUAUUUGAGAACUUGCUGGUCCUUGGGUCGGGAUCCGCACUCCGUGUUCAACUUACAGUGUUCUCUAGUCUGUGCUACCCAUUCAAACAAAUGGUGGGAAUGUGCAGGAGUAGAGUCUAUCCCCAGACACGACGAAAUAUCCUUCAUGGAAUCCAUGGGGUUCUAAACCCAGGCGAAAUGCUCCUGGUAGUGGGCCGGCCUGGGAGCGGGUGUUCGACGUUUCUGAAAUCGCUUUGCGCACGCCUCGAGAGCUUGAGUUUGGAUCCCAUGAGUGAAAUUCAGUACAAGGGGAUCUCCCUGGAGAAGAUCGCGGCUGAGUUUCGUGGGGAGGUGGUCUACAACUCAGAGACAGACCAUCAUUUUCCACACUUGACUGUUGGUGAAACUCUGUCUUUCGCAGCACACGCGCGGGCUCCCCAGAACCAGCUGGGUGAAAUUGACCGAGACCAAUAUGCGCAUUCAUCAGUGAAACUCGUCAUGGAACUCUUUGGUCUGUCGCAUCUCUACAAUUCAAAAGUCGGAGAUGAUUAUGUCCGGGGCGUCAGUGGAGGGGAGAGGAAAAGAGUAAGCAUUGCGGAGAUGGUACUAUCUCGGGCCUCACUGGGUGCAUGGGACAAUAGCACUCGAGGCCUGGAUGCUGUCACAGCGCUUGAGUUUGUUCGCGCGCUGCGACUGUCGGCUGAUCUCGCGGGAUCCUGUCAUGUCGUCGCUGCAUACCAGGCUUCAGAGCCCAUCUUCAGCACUUUUAACCAUGUCAUCGUUCUUUAUGAGGGACGUCAAGUCUUUUUUGGCCCUUCUAAACGUGCCGUGGAAUACUUUGAGGAGAUGGGAUGGGAACGACCUCCUCGCCAGACAAGUGCUGACUUUCUUGCCGCCGUCACUGACCCCGGGGAGCGGCAGCCUCAAGUGGGAAUGGAGAAUAAAGUUCCUCGUGAUGCUCAAGGAUUCGAGGCAUAUUGGAAGCAAAGCCGUGAUCGCACAGCCGUACAGGCUUCACUCCGGCGAUAUGCCCGCGAGCACCCUCUUGACAGCAAGGAAGAAGACAAUUUUGCUUCUCUCAAGCAUGAUGAACAAGCUCCCCACGCACGGCCCUCGUCACCCUACCUUCUUUCUCUCGGCUUGCAGAUACGCUUAUGCUUGAGCAGAGCUUUUCAGCGCACCCGUAACGAUCUUGCAUCUAUAAUUGCUACAGCUAUUGUGCAAGUCGUGGUAGCAGUCAUUAUUGGCUCUCUAUUCUACGCUAUCCCAGACAACUCUGUAGGACUCAGUCAGCGAGCCACCGUUCUUUUCUUGGCUGUCCUCACAAAUGCUUUGAUUGCAAUGCUGGAAAUCAAUGUUCUGUUUAGCCAGAGACCCAUUGUCGAGAAGCAAAUGGCCUUCGCGUUUGUUCACCCCUUUACUGAAGCACUCGCUGGUAUCAUCCUGGAUUUUCCAAUUAAGUUAUUUCGCUGUCUGUUGGCUGGUGUGAUACUGUACUUUAUGGCAGGACUUCGGAGGGACGCGUCAUAUUUCUUCAUUUACAUUCUGUUCCAGCUCACCGCGGUGGUGACAAUGUCAGGGAUGUUUCGCACCUUGGCAAGCAUGACCCGGGCCGUGGGCGAAGCCAUGGCUCUGGCAGGUAUCAUGAUCAUGUGCAUUGCUGUAUACACCGGCUUCACUCUGCCCCAGUUUGACAUGCCCCCUUGGUUUGCCUGGAUUCGAUGGAUCAACCCCAUCUUCUAUGCCUACGAGGCUAUCGUUUCGAAUGAAUUUCACAGCCGCGUGUUCCAAUGCGUGGAUUUCAUCCCGAACUACCUACCCUCGGUUCGUGGCGAAUCAUUCAUAUGCUCAUCUAUCGGUGCUACUGCGGGAUACCCUUUUGUCACGGGUGAUAAGUAUAUCUGGGACGGAUACGAGUUCUCGCACGAACACAUCUGGCGAAACUUUGGGAUACUGGUGGCAUUUACGAUUUUCUUUCAUAUUCUUCAUCUUGUGCUGACAGAAUAUGUUCCGAAAAGGCAGGUAGGCGCUGAAGUAUUGGUUUUUGGUGCGGGGAGUAUGCCAAAAGUCUCGCAGAAACCCGAUCUCGAACCUGGGGAGCAGUCGUUCGCCGGGGAAGAAGCCAGGAACCUCGACUCGAAGAUGGACUCUUUCCCCAAACAGAAAGAUAUUUUGAGUUGGAAAGGACUGACAUACGAGAUUCCUGCUAAAGGUGGCCACAGAACAUUACUCGAAGAUGUCAAUGGCUGGGUAAAACCAGGCACACUGACGGCUUUGAUGGGCAUCUCGGGUGCGGGCAAAACCACUCUGCUGGACGUAUUGGCUCGGCGUGUGUCUGUAGGAAUCGUCACUGGAGAUGUGCUCGUCAAUGGCCAUGGGCUUGAUCCGAGCUUUUCCCGGAAGACAGGUUAUGUUCCCCAGCAAGAUCUUCACCUGGACACUGCAACAGUUCGGGAAGCUCUUCAAUUUAGUGCAGCACUGCGACGGCCGCGCAAUGUGUCGGCUGAUAAGAAAAAUUCAUUUGUCGAGGAUGUCAUUCAGAUGUUAGGGAUGGAGGAAUUUGCCGAGGCAGUGAUUGGACACCCAGGUGCCGGACUGAACAGGGAGCAGAGAAAGCUUUUGAGCAUUGGCGUUGAACUUGCUGCAAAGCCACAACUACUGAUUUUCCUUGAUGAACCAACUAGUGGGCUGGAUGCUCACAGCUCAUGGGCAAUCUGUGCCUUUAUGAGGAAGCUGGCGGAUCACGGACAACCCGUUCUGGCUACAAUUCACCAGCCUAGUGCGAAUUUGUUUGAGAAAUUCGACCGGCUACUACUUCUUGGAAAGGGUGGCAGAACACUAUAUUUUGGAGAUCUAGGCUAUCAAGCUCGAACUCUGCUUGACUAUGUGGAAAGCAAUGGGGGUCGUCGCUGCGGGAUGGCUGAAAAUCCCGCCGAAUAUAUUCUUGAAAUUGUUGGAGGUGAAGGCACUGAGAAACAAAACUCCAUAGAUUGGGUGCAAGUGUGGAAGCAGAGUCACCAACGCCAACAAGUUCUCGAUGAAUUGGACUACUUGACUUCAUCCGCUUUGGAGGCCUCGCCCACUGCAAACUUUAACACUGACGAAUUCGCAAUGCCCAUUUGGACUCAGUGCCAUUAUGUCAUUAAGCGUGACUUCCAGCAAUAUUAUCGCCAACCCGAUUAUAUCAUGGCCAAAUUUGCUUUAGGUAUUGUUUGUGGCCUUUUCAUCGGGUUCUCGUUCUGGAAAUCAGAUAACUCUCGCCAAGGGUUUCAGAACACUUUGUUCAGUCUCUUUCUUCUCUGCACCAUAUUCUCCACGAUGUCUCCCCACGAUAACACUAUACACUCUAAUGCCAGCACUAGAGUAAUGCCAAAAUUCGUUACCCAGAGAUCAUUGUACGAGUUACGCGAGAGGCCAGCAGGAACAUACUCCUGGACAGUAUUUCUACUUUCACAAUUCCUGGUAGAAUUGCCUUGGCAAGUUCUACUCGGCGUCUGUACUUGGGCUUCAUUCUAUUUUUCUGUCUACGGCGGCAACCAAUCACCACAGCGCCAAGGCCUUGUCCUUCUGUUUGUUGUCCAAUUUUUCUUAUUUGCUUCCAGCUUCGCACAGUUCAUCGUUGCAUCGUUGCCAAACCCUGCCCUCGGAAGCAUGCUAGCAGUCUUCAUGUUCCUGCUCUCUCUGCUUUUCAAUGGCAUCAUGCAGCCACGGAGCUCUCUUCCUCAAUUUUGGAAGUUUAUGAACAGAGCGUCCCCACUGACGUACUAUGUGAGCGGGAUCAGUGCAACCGCAUUACACGGGCGUCCCAUUCACUGUUCAGAUCGAGAGUUAAUCAGGUUUGAUCCACCCCUUGGGCAAACAUGCGGUCAAUAUUUGGCCGAAUUCCUGGUGGCUGCUGAGGGUAAACUCUAUAACCCGGGAUCUUCCAGAGAGUGCCAGUACUGUGCCUUCCGAUCAGCAGAUCAGUAUCUUGCCACCAGAGAUAUUGCGUGGAAUGAUCGCUGGAGGAACUUUGGGAUCUUUUGGGUCUAUAUUGUCUUCAACCUUCUUGGGGCAAUUGUGCUGUACUAUCUUUUCCGAGUCUUGCCACAUUCAAGAAAGAUUCGGGAGCAUGAUAGUCGCAGGUAA